AUGGCAAUUGAUGAAAAGUCAUUGAGUGGGGAUUCAUUGAGUUUAAGCCCAGAACAGGUUAUUCUUAAUGAAUUGGAAAGUAAUCACGCUGGCGAAUGGUUGCAAAAAUAUACCGAUGAACCAAGUUUAACGGGUACUGCUAAAAAUUUGGCCGAUUGGACUAAAUUGAAAUUUGAAGAAUACGGGGCUUCGGCUUCGAUCGAUACUUACGAAGUUUACUUAAGUUUCCCUCAUGAACACGAUUUGAGCUUAUUGGAUUCGAAAACAAACGAAACUUUGUAUAAGGCUCCCUUAGAAGAAGACGAAUUAAGUGUUGAUCCUGCUUCUUUUAAAAAUAAUACGGUUCCAACUUUCUUGGGAUAUGCUGCGAAUGGUAAUGUUACUGCUGAGUACGUUUAUGUUAACUACGGUACCAAGAACGACUUUGAAGAAUUGAAAAAAUUGGGUGUUGAUGUAAACGGUAAAAUUGCAAUUGCUCGUUAUGGUGCCAUUUUCAGAGGGUUGAAAGUCAAAUUUGCUCAGGAUAAUGGUGCAAUUGGGGUCUUACUUUAUAGUGAUCCUGGGGAUGACCAUGGUAUUACUCCUGCUAACGGCUACAAACAGUACCCAGAAGGACCUGCUCGUAAUGACGGUUCUGUGCAAAGGGGUAGUGCUCAAUUUUUGGGUGGAUUAGGUGCCACUCCUGGUGAUCCUACAACCCCGGGUUACCCAAGUCAAGGUGACGAUAUCAAAAGAAGUGAUCCUCAUCAAAGUACUGGUAAAAUUCCAGUAUUACCAAUUUCUUAUCGUGAAAUUAAACCAAUUUUGGCAAAAUUAAAUGGUAAAGGUGCUAAAUCUCCUAAGAAAUGGGUUGGUGAGUUGGAAGGUUAUGAUUAUUCAAUUGGUCCAAAUCCAAAAGUUCAAUUGAAUUUGUAUAACAAUCAAAUUUAUAAUAUCACUCCUAUUUGGAAUGUCUAUGGUGAAUUCGAGGGUGAAUCGAAAGAUGAAGUCAUUCUCAUUGGUAACCAUAGAGACGCCUGGGUUACUGGUGCCUCUGAUCCUCAUUCUGGGUCUGCUGUCUUGAUUGAAGUUGCAAGAGCUUUAGGCAAAUUAAAAGAAUCCGGUUAUAAAUUCAAACGUACCAUUAGAUUAGCAAGUUGGGAUGGUGAAGAACAAGGUUUAUUAGGACUGACCGAAGCUGGGGAAAAUUUUAGUAAAGAGUUUCAAUCUAAAGUUAUCGCCUACUUAAAUUUGGAUAGUUCAGUAAGUGGUCAACACUUGAAAUUAUCUGCUUCUCCUGUUCUUAAUAAGAUUUUGAAAAAAAUAGCUUCAAAUUUGUUAUAUCCAAAGGAAAGUGUUGGUACUUUAUUAGAUCAUUUCAAUCAAGAAACCGGUGGUAAAAUAACUAAUUUAGGUUCUGGUUCUGAUUACACUGUAUUUUUGGAACACUUGGGUAUCCCCUCAGUUGAUUUAGGUUUUGGCCAAGGUAAAGGUGACCCAAUUUAUCAGUACCAUUCAUCGUAUGAUUCCUAUUAUUGGAUAUCAAAAUUUGCUGACCCUGGUUUUGUUUAUCAUAAUUUGGCUGCCAAAUACUUAUCUCUUUUGAUUUUUGAAUUGAAUAAUCAUGAAGUUAUUGAAUUUGGAUUGAAAGAUUACUCAUCAGACCUUUAUAAUUAUUUUAAUGAAUCAGUUGAUUUGAUACCAAAAUCUUGGUUCAAUGAAAAAAUUGAUACCCCAAAUGUUGAUGAAAAUGAAUUCUUCAUUGACGAGAUUUCUCAAGGCUAUUAUUUCAAUUUAAUUAUGACUCACGGCUGUCAUAAUAAGGUUGGUGCCAUGCAUCAUCAUAAAAAUAAAACUUUAUCAUACUUGGUUGAUAAUAUUUAUCAAGAUUUGAAUAAAUUAUAUAAUACCACCGCUGAAUUCGAUUUGAAAGGUGAAAGCUUACAAUCUGAAUAUAAUAACCGUAACAAUUUACACUGGUGGCAAAAAAUCAAAUUACAUUUUGAAAUUAAACAUCAUAAUAAAUUACUUCAAUACUACGAACGUAAUUUCUUAUAUCAUAAAGGCUUAGAUGGUCGUGAAUGGUUUAAACAUAUUGUUUUCGCUUCUGGUCGUUAUACUGGCUAUGCUGGUCAAACCUGGCCAGGUCUUCGUGAAGCUAUCGAAGAUGGGGAUUUCGAAAGAUUAGUAAAAUGGUUAACUAUUGUUUCAAAGACUUUGAAAAGAGUUGAAACUGCCUUAUUCUAAAAGUUCUGGACUCUUUCUCCAUCACUAAUAUUUUCUUCUAUAUGGUCUAUAUGUUUUUUUUUU